UUUCCAUGUAACAAAAUAAUUCUUUCAGAUUACUUGGCCGUGGUUCCAUGCAUGUUUUUUCUUGCGAACAAUUUCAAAAAUUGAUGGUGGCAAGCGGCUUUUUAGGGCCAUGGCAUUCGUUGGUAGAUUUAGGGGCAGGCGACGGUGCCACCACUGCUCAUGUAGCUCACCUCUUCGAAAAAGUUUAUGCUACAGACAUAUCAGCACCGAUGAGAUGGGCUCUGGCAAAAAGGAAGUUCACGGUGCUUGAUGUAGAAAAAUGGUACGAAAAUAGUCCCUUCAACGUGAUUCUCUGUCUGAAUUUAUUGGAUCGUUGCGAUCGACCUAACACUCUACUUCGCCGCCUGAAGUCAUCUUUAGCUCCAGGUGGUCGUUUGGUCGUAGCUUUAGUUCUUCCAUUCAGCCCUUACGUAGAAGUUGGUGAAAGAGGUGACCACAAACCGUCGGAAUAUUUGCCAGUAAAAGGGAACGGUCUAGAAGGUCAAAUAGCUAGCCUUGUCGACAGAGUUUUCGCACCAUUAAGUUUAAGAUGUCUGGCAUGGAGCAAACUGCCUUACCUUUGCGAAGGAGAUCUCGGCCAAGCAUAUUAUUUUCUUGACGACGUGGUAUUUGUUCUAGAAGCACAGCCAGAUAGCUCACGAUACUCUGCUUCUGAAUGGAUAGAUAUAGAGCCAUCUGGAAGAAAAUGCUGUAACAUACUUGAACAGAGUGGUAACGAACAAAAUACAGCUUGAAACAGGAAUAUGUGGAGGUGGCAGAAAACUUCUUAAUGACUGUACAAGCUGUAUUGUAUCCACCAAUGCUGUAAAACAAAAUCAAACCAAAACAUAUAUAUUUCUAUUUCAUUAAUGGAAGAAAAUUGGCAAAAGAUAUAUGAAAUAAUCAUAAAAGCAGUAUUUGAUAUCUGAUAAUAUCACUCGUUAAUAUAAUAUAAAAUAUAAUUAAUUUAUAACAAAAAUUUAUUUGUAAACCUAACAGAAAUAUUAUAUUAAAAGAUAAAUAUUAAAAUAGAUUAUAUAUAA